UUUUUUUUCAUUCUCCAUCUCAAGUAGAAGAGCUGUUUGAAAUGGCGCAUUUUAAAAAAAAAAAACUCUUUUUUUUUACGUAAAUAUAUAUAUAUAUAUAUUUUACUACUAUGAAAAGAACGCGUGAACCAGAACCAGAAAAACCUGCUCAAAAGAAGCAAACGACACUUUAUUCUAUGUUUAAGCCAGUACCUAAACCAUCUUCAGAAGUGACUUCUCGUGUUUCUGGUGCAACAACACAACAGGAAGAGACUGCGGAAGAAACAAAUAAGGACCCCAAAGCUUUAUUUAAAGGCGUGGACCAAGAGACUUUGGAACUAUUAGACCUUGAGAUAAAUACCAUGAAUUAUGGUUGGCUUAAAGUACUUGCACCUGAGCUGGUCAAGCCUUACUUUUUAAAAUUAAAAAGAUAUUUGAAAGCGGAACUAGAUGCAAAAAAGACUAUUUUUCCCCCUUUGAACCAAAUCUAUAGUUGGUCAAAUUACACACCUCCUCAAAAAGUAGAAGUGGUUAUCCUUGGUCAAGAUCCCUAUCAUAAUUUCAAUCAAGCCCAUGGUCUUUGUUUCUCUGUUGUAAAAGGUGUCAGAGUACCGCCCUCUCUUGUCAAUAUGUAUAAGGCUUUGAAGAACGAUUAUCCUGAUUUCCAAACACCUCCACAUGGUUAUUUAGAAAACUGGGCAAAGCAAGGCGUUUUGAUGUUGAAUACAAGUCUAAGUGUUGAAGCGCAUAAAGCAGGUAGUCAUGCAAAUCAAGGCUGGGAACAAUUCACAGACGCUAUCAUUAAGUAUCUCAAUGAAAGAAAAUCCAACCUUGUAUUUAUGCUUUGGGGCUCACCUGCUCAGAAGAAGGGUGCUCGUAUUAACUCAACCAAACAUUUGGUGCUUAAAAGUGUUCAUCCUUCUCCACUUUCAGCCCACCGAGGGUUCUUUGAAUGCGGUCAUUUCAAAAAAGCAAAUGAAUAUUUAGAAAGUCAUGGUAAAGAAGUUAUUAAUUGGAACAGCUUGGUCUAACAGAAGAUGGUGGUGGGGGAAUUAAGCAAAAAAAUAAAAUAAAAAAUAAAUAAAUAAUAAAU